UGGCUUUUGGUUUCCGGCUUCACCGCCUCCUGACUCGGUGUGCUAGUGUAACGGUGUUGAAUCCACACUGAGGGUUGUGUUGUUAGGAUAUGGACAGGAUGGCCUCCUCGUCCUGCGAGAAACCUUCAGGCCCUAAAAAGAAGAGCGAGAAGAAAAUUGCAUCCAAGGAGGAAUAUAGAUUACUGUCUAAUAUAAUGGGAAUGAUGAAUAACUUGAGGAAACAGGGGAUCUUGUGCGAUGUAAUACUGGUGGUCCAGGGAAAACACAUCCUCGCACACAGAGUGGUCCUGGCCGCCGCGAGCCACUUCUUCAACCUCAUGUUUACCACCAACAUGAUGGAGGCUACAAACCAUGAGGUGGAGCUCGGAGGUGCAGAGCCCGAGAUCAUCGAGCUGCUGGUGGAAUUUGUCUACACGGCCCGCAUCUCUGUCAACAGCAACAACGUCCAGUCUCUGCUGCAUGCUGCUAACCAGUACCAGGUAGAGCCAGUAAAGAAAAUGUGUGUGGAUUUUCUGAAAGAGCAAGUGGAUGCGACUAACUGCCUCGGUAUCAGUGCCUUGGCUGAGUGCCUUCACUGUCCCGAGCUGAAGACUGCUGCAGACGAGUUCAUCUAUCAGCACUUUACAGACGUGUACAAACUGGACGAGUUCCUGCAGCUGGACGUGAAGCAGGUCACACAUCUGCUUCACCAGGACACAUUGACCGUCAGAGCCGAAGACCAGAUCUAUGAUGCUGCUGUGCGGUGGUUGAAGUAUGACGUGUUGAAUCGGCAGAAGUACAUCGUGGACAUACUGAGCAAAGUGCGCUUCCCACUCGUGUCCAAAAACUUCCUGAGUAAGACCGUGCAGGCCGAGCCUCUCAUCCAGGACAAUCCUGAGUGCCUCAAAAUGGUUAUCUGUGGAAUGCGUUACCAUCUCCUGUCUCCUGAGGACAGAGAGGAACUGGGUGAGAGCAGUCGUCCACGCCGCAAGAAACAUGACUUCCGCAUCGCACUGUUCGGUGGCUCACAGCCACAGUCCUGCCGCUACUUCAACCCCAAGGACUACAGCUGGACUGAUAUCCGCUGCCCCUUUGAGAAACGACGUGAUGCAGCGGCUGUUUUCUGGGACAACGUGGUGUACAUCCUGGGAGGAUCACAGCUUUUUCCCAUUAAAAGAAUGGACUGUUACAAUGUGGUGAAGGACAGCUGGUAUUCCAAACUGGGGCCUCCGAACCCCAGAGACAGUCUCGCAGCCUGCGCAUCCAAGGGCAAGAUCUACACCUCAGGUGGCUCAGAAGUGGGGAGCUCUGCACUGAAUCUGUUUGAGUGCUAUGACACUCGGACGGAGACGUGGCAGAACAAACCCAGCAUGCUCCAGCCGCGCUGCAGCCAUGGCUCGGUAGAGGCUAACGGUCUGAUCUACGUCUGUGGAGGCAGUCUGGGGAAUAACGUAUCCGGCAGAGUCCUCAACAACUGCGAAGUGUACGACCCCAACACAGAGGAAUGGAGAGUGCUAUGUGGCAUGAGGGAGGCCAGGAAGAACCACGGCCUAGUGGUAGUCAACUCAAGGAUCUACGCUGUGGGAGGACAGAACGGCCUCGGUGGUCUGGACUCAGUGGAGUAUUAUGAAAUAGGCAGUAAUGAGUGGAAAAUGGCGUCGCCGAUGCCGUGGAGAGGCGUGACGGUGAAGUGUGCAGCCGUGGGCUCGCUCAUCUACGUGCUGGCCGGAUUCCAGGGAGUGGGCCGUUUGGGUCAUAUCAUGGAGUACCACACAGAGACGGACAAAUGGGUGAUGUCGAGCAAAGAGCGUGCCUUCCCUGUCACCAGCUGCCUCAUCUGUGUGGUAGAUACCUGCGGAGCCAACGAGGAAGAAAUGAGCUCUUUUCAUGAACCUUCACCAUCAACAUCCUCUGCCUCAUCAUCUUCUGCAUCGUCAGCUCCUACGGCACAUGGACAAUGCUGAGUUUGA